AUGCGGCUCUCGACGACGACGAGAACACGGCUCAUCACCGCCACCAGCGCCGCCGCCCUGGCCUCGGGCGUGCUUGCAGCGGGUGAACCAGUGGUGAUGUUCCAGCCUCUAGCGCUAACUGUGAACAACCUCUGGCUGUCGGAUACAUUCGGCAGGAGUAUGGCCUGGGCGUUUGACCUAACCAGCCCGCAAGCACAAGUACGUGAGUACAGCGUCAUGACGGUAGCCAUCAGGAACGACACGGGCGCAGUGUUCGGCCGAGGUCAAUACCCGCCAGCGCAACGCGGCUCCGGCUCCUCGACCGCGCCCUCGAUCGGACCGACAGAGACGUCAGGCGUGGACCCCAACACCCAUAUGAACACAGAGUCGAGCAACGGCCGCAAGAACGGCCCCAUGGGCGCCAUGUUCCAUGAGAUGCCGGGCAACGAGCCAAUGGGCCCGGAGGAUGGUCUGAUGGAGAGACAAUCGCUGAACAGCGGUACUCGUACCAUCGAAGUCAUCGAGCCCCUUCGCGCCUUUCAACGAAACCCAGUGGUGCCCAACAGCAGCUCAACUUACACGGUCAUCAUCGCGGACGCGCCAAAGCUCGUCAACAGCCAGCUCCUGCACGUCGAGGUCCACUUCGAAGGCCCCAGCGGCGCGGCCGUCGGCACGAGCCCGCGGUUCGCCGUCGCACUGAACGCCGCCGACGCCAGCGCCAGGGGCCUGCCGGCGAGCCUCGCGCGCAACCAGGAUCCCUUCCCCACGGACUCGCUCGGACCGCUGCCCGGCAGCGCCGACACCAACAACCCCUCCGGCACGCCCCUCAGCGCGGCCCCGACGGCGACCGCCUCGCCGACGGGAGCGGAGCCCAGCCUCGGCGGCGCCGUCCCGGGCACCAACGACGACAACGGCACUGUCGGCAAGUCGCCCAACGGGCUGUCGACGGGCGCCAUCGCCGGCAUCGCCGUGGCCUGCGGCGUCGUGGGCCUCGGCCUCAUCGCGGGCCUGGUGUUCUGGCUCGUGCGGCGGCGCGGCCGCGGCGCGUCGCGCUCCAAGGACGCGCGGCCCUACGGCGGCGUCGGCGGCGGGCCCGGGUCGCGCACGCGGGAGCUCAUCGCCGAGAAGGAGGCGCAGUCGGGCGUGCGCGAGUCGUCGCCGCACAGCCCGCACUCGGACGUCGCGCUCACGGGGCCCACGGCCGCGCUGACGGCCGCGAACCUGCAGCAGCAGCAACAGCAACAGGACCGAUCGUACACGCCGUACAGCGACCAUGCCGUUGCCCCCGGGCCUCCAGAGGAUGUCACGCCCGCGGCCGCGGCCGCGACAGAGAGGCAUCACCAGCAGCAGAGCCGAGACCUGGACUCUGCGUCGUCGCCUCAUUCGCCGACGCUGCGACCGGUGAGCGGCGCCGACGGUACGGCUGGCCAGGCGCGAUAUGCGCACUUGAUCGAGGAGGGCAUGACGCCCCAGGAGAUCGCCCGGAUCGAGGAGGAGGAGCGGCAGCUGGAUGCCGCCAUCGAGCAGGCUGCGAGGCGGUAA